UUUAAAUAUAUAAUUAUUGGUGUUUUUUUUUUCAAAUUAAGAAGAAUUUAAUUAUGUAGGAAAAUAUUUUUUUUUUUUGAUUUCGAAAAUAUAUAUAUAUAUAAAAGUGCCAAAAAAGAUGAUCGAAAUGUGUUUUCGGUCUUUUAUUUAGUGCGGGGAAAAUUAUCGUAUUUUUUAUUAACAGGUGAUAUUUAUUAAAUAUAUAUAAUUAUGGAAAAUGAUUCAAUGAGCCCUGGAUUUUUUCAAAAUCCUGAGUGCAAACCACUGGAGGAUUUGCAGCUUACAUUAAAAAAUGAAGGAAUUCCAGAACUUGUAUCGGCAUUGAAUAAACGAUGGGUUGUGGAUCGUUAUUUUUUAUACUAUGAAGCGCCAAUUUUCAAUGAUUCCAAUGAUCAUGAAAUUGUCGGCGCCAAAGAACAUUGGAUGGAAAUUGUUAAUUAUAUUAUUGAUGAUUUAAUUUGGUUACUCAAACUCCCGUAUUUUAGAUUUUGGUCAAAUAUUAUACACAAUACAUCAAUAAUGGAAAUGUUAAUAUCAUUUCUUCAAGAGGCACCACCUUAUUAUGCAUUAGAUGAUUUUCCAAAUAGUCAUGAUGUUCGUGAAAUAUUAAAUAAAUUGCGACAUUAUGUUUUGCUAAUAUUUGCAAGACUUGUGACAAAUAAAGAAAGUUCUGAGGAAUUUAUGACACGUUUGUAUCAUGGAAAUUUAUUGUACGAUAAUUUUAUAUUCACAGUACCAAUUAUUCUCGAUUUAUGUCAACAAUAUGGCAGAGAGAAUAAAAAAACAAUUGAUAAAUUAUUAAAAACUUUAUUUAUUCUUCAACCACUUUAUCGGGAUGAUUUUAAAAGAGCCAUUUCAUUUUUCGUUCAGGUUUUUUCAAAUCUCGAAAGAAGAUUUGAAGAAACGCCAAACGAUGUAAUUUUAUUGACGGAAGGAGUAAAAAAACAAUCAAAAGAAAUUUCUCUAACAAUUCUCGAAGAUUUGAUAGUUCAUAUUUUGGAUGUUUCUUCGAAUUUGACAAUUUUUUUGGAAAAUUAUCCACCGGCAACGGAACUUUUUCAAACGUCUAAUUUUAUGACCAAAAUUGUAACGGUUUAUUCAAAUACAAUUCCAAAAAUGUACGAAAAAUUGGAUUCACUUGCAAUGCGAGAGGAUAAAAUGAUAAAAUAUAUUGAACUAAAACACAGGCUUGAUGUUAGUAGAGUUGAACUUUUAAAACUCUAUCGAAUAAUUAUUUAUAAAAAUAUUGCCGAUAUUCUCGAAACAGGAAUUGAAUUAGAAAUUGAUAUGAAAAAACGUGUGGAAAAUUAUUUGGAUCACGUGACUAAUGCAAUAUCAGAAAAAGAAUUUAUAACCGACUAUCAUCGAUUUUAUCCAAUUGAUGUUGAUUUGGAAAUUCUUUCACAAAUUUGCCCCGAAGUAGAUACAAUAAAAUGUGAUUUUAUUUUAAAUUCAAUUCAUGCGACAAUUGUCGAUGAGAAAAGUGUAAAUAAUAGUUAUAAAGAUGCUGUGGCGAGUUGUUCGGGAAUUAAUCCUCCACAACAACAACAACAACAUCAGCAACAACAAUUGGAAAUUGAAAAUUUCGAUUCGAGAGAACAGGAAAAAAUUAAACCAAACGAAGAAGAAUUAGUUCGUCUUAUGUCUGAAGUAAAAGAAAUUCUCUGUCAUUUGGGUGAUGGUUUUAUUGAGAGAUGUUUAAAACAUUAUAAUUACGACAGUACAAGAGUGAUAAAUGCAGUUUUAGAAGAAACACUUCCGUCGGAUUUGAAAGAAUUAGAUUUCUCUUUACCUUACAUUCCACCCGAUCCUGAGGAAGCCGCGGCCGCUGUUGAUUCAGCAUUUGGAGCACAAAGACUGAAUGUUUUCGAUAAUGAUGAAUUCGAUAUUAUGACAAAUGAUAAAAUCGACAUGUCAAGAAUUCACAGAGGAAAGAGAAAAGAUAAAUAUAAAGAUGUAAAUGAAAUGUUAAAUGACAAAAAUGAUAUAAAAAAAGUCAAUCACAUUUACAGUAAAUAUAAUCUUGUUUCUUAUGAAUACGACGAUGAAUAUGACGAUACUUACGAUAGUCAUGAUAUUGGCGAAACAGCACAGGAUGAUACUUUAGAAAUGGAUCGUCCUUUUACAACACCAAGAGUAUUACUUAGAAAGGGAAGAGAUGAUGAGAUUUACGAAGAUGAUGAUGAUGAUGAUGAAAAUGAAGAAUUAACGGAAGCGCAAACAAGUCGUGAUUAUUUUGUUCAAAAUCCUGCCGAAUUACGAGCAAAAGCUGAACAACGAUAUUUUUCAAAACGCGGCGGAAGAGGUGGUUCACAACAAAAAGAUGUCGUUGGGAAUGCAAAGGGACAAGGACAAGAGAAGAAUGUCGUUAUAAAUCGAGAUCAUAAAAAUACAAAUAAAUCAACACGAGCAAAUCAUAAUCGUCGAGUUGGUUCACAAUGGAAACGAAGACAGGGAAUGAUUCCCUCGUAAGAAAAAAAAAAGAAAAAAAAAAAAAACAAACAAACAAACAAA